GAUCUCAUCUGACCCUAACUAUCAGCCCGUGAAGAAUGCAUGCAGGAACUCUACCCAUUUUACAGCGAGGAAGCCAAGGCCCAUUGAGGAGCCGUGACUUGCCCACCAUCACACAGCCUCUUAGGAGCAAAGCCUGAUUCCACCAGCCCCCGACGCUCUGCCUCGCCUUCUGGAGACGGGUCUCAGGCCGGGCAAGCUGAAGUGAAGUGGGAGGCAUUCGGUCUCAGGUCCAGGAAGCGGGCGCUGCAGGGGACGGAAGGGUAGGAGCCCACAGCCGGGUGAGGCCAUGCAGCUGGGCGGAGGCGCCCGACGCCAGCCCGGGGAGGAGAAGUGGGUGUGCUGGGGGCCGGGCGGGGCCAGAGGAGAGGACGCCCAGGGCAAGGAAAAAGGGAGCAGACAGCGCGGGUCGGAGCGCAGAGCGAAGGGGGCGCGGGGCGGUGCUGGGCGUGGGCUGCGCGCGGAGGGGUCGGCGGAGAGCAGAGGGGUGCAUCGCAGGGGCACCCGCGAGCAAGGGCCCGGGGUCCGACGAGCCGACGGCGCCCCUCGGAGUCUUGCUGAGAGGUAGGACUACAGAAUGGUACUACUAAAUGGAAAGAGACUACAGGGCUGAUCAGAGAGGAUGGGAAACAAGGAAGCCUUCUGAAGGAGAGCAUUCUUCAGUUCUUCCCUUGCCUCAAUCCCUGUUGCUAUGGAGACCGCCAAUGGGACUCAGACCUGGUAUGAAAGCCUGCACACUGUGCUGAAGGCUCUAAAUGCCACUCUUCACAGCAACUUGCUCUGUCGGCCGGAGCCAGACAACCUGACGCAGCAGCGGCGGCCCAGCCUACCUGGCCGUGAUGACAACUCCUACAUGUACAUUCUCUUUGUCAUGUUCCUAUUUGCUGUUACUGUGGGCAGCCUCGUCCUGGGAUACACCCGCUCCCGCAAAGUGGACAAGCGCAGUGACCCCUAUCAUGUGUACAUCAAGAACCGUGUGUCUAUGAUCUGAGGCUAGGGGCCCCAGAUGGCCGAAGAUCAAGACACCUGAGGAUUGUCUUCUGGGGCCUCCAGAACUCAGCCAUGGACCACAUCAGGCCUCAAUGUUCCUGUCUGUAAAAUCAACAAGAAACAGUGCUAAGGGAGAUCAUCUUUGGGUUGGGAGGAGAGGGGCAGACCUGGGCCUUAUGGAUAAGGAUUUUUUUUGCAAAGGCUCCUGAGAGCCUCAUGAACAAAUAUACAGAAGUAGCAAAAGAUAAUAACCAAUGAUUGGUCCCAUGGCUGGAGUACUGGGGGCUGAGGACUAGGGGCGGAAGAAGGAGAAGAAGUUGUAGCAGAGGGAAAUGAAACAGGAAGAUGCACUGGGGACACAUUUUUUUGUGUGUUAUCUUCAACGACCAUGAAAAGCAGCGAUGAUUAUCGCGUAUCACAGAGGGAAAUCUGAGUAAUGUUACUUAUUUCUAUUUGUUCACAUUUUAUGUUUUUCAUCUCAUUUAACAUUUGUGGUUUUACCCCCCUACGAGGGAAGCAGGGCAAGUGCCAUUCUGCCUAUUUCCCAGAGUGGUGCCCUGACUGGAACCCAGGAACCAUGGUCUCCUUGCCUAGUGCUUUUCAAAACUCUGUGCCACACAGGAGUGGAUCCAGGCCUGAAACUUAUACAAUUCUGGGGGCCUCCUUAAGAGAAAGAGUUCAAAAAUAUCUUACUUUUGCAAAUAUUACAAAAACAUUACCAUGUUAAUAUAUAGCUGGGGCCCCACCUAAGACCCUAAGAAGGAUCCUUGCAAGUGCAGGGCCCUGAAUGUUAAGCCUCUGUAGCUCCAUGGUUCGUGCGCCUCUCCAGACAUGUCACAGUGCUCUUCUCAGCCACAUCUCCAGUCAUGAGGACUUCUCCACCUCUAACACAGCCUCUUCCGAUUUGAUUGAGUUCUGUGAGAAAUUUUCUGAUACCAAGUUGAAAUCUGCUUCUAGAAGAUUAUUGUCACACCUAGAAGAUUAUCAUAUUAAGAGAAGCAGAGUGUGAAAGGCAGGUACCUGGUUCAGUGGAAAGAGAACCAGCCUUGAUUCUACCACUAAUGUGGUACAUGAACUGGCUAGUCACAUCUCUCUCUGAUCCUUUUCCCUCCUCAGCACAAUGAAAUAGUUAGACUUGAAAGUCUCCAAGGGCUCUACCAGUUCUGACAUUCGGGGCUUCACAUACGUUAGGUUGAACCAUAUAAAAUCGCUGUGCUUAUAGGACAAAAGCAGCUGAAUAUCAGUAGUUUCAUAUGGUUCAAUCUAAUACAUGCAAUGUGGCAGGUGAAUUCUUUACAAGCUACAAAUCCCAGGCUGGAACCUCCCCCUGUUUUGUUUGGUUUCUCUUUAAGGGAUCUCCAUGGGGUCUCCAGAAGGCCCUGAAACAUACGUAUCUGUGUAUAGCAAAAACUCUGAAAAAUAUUUUGAUAGCAAUUAUCUCUGAGGAGAAGGAUUAUGGGUAAUUCUCCCUUUCUACUUAAAAAAUUUAUGUAAUAUUUGAUUUAUUUGACCAUGAGUAUGUUACUUGUAUAAUAAGGAGGGGAAAGCUACUUCCACUUUGAAAAAAUAAAAAUGAAUGCCUCUGUCUUUCUUGAAUGGAGGAUCACAAGCACAUUUGCUCCCAUGUGCAGUUAGUUAUGUUGACUGCCUGCAAAUCCGUGCUGAGCCCCAUGUCUGCUCAAGCCUUUCCUCAUCUCUUCUUGAGGAAGAAAGUGGAGACCUGCUUAAGAAGAUGUGACAUAGGGAAAGGCAAGAGAUUCGGAAGUCGACAGC